AUGUAUCGCAGGUUUAUAGCACCACUGCUGGCAGUCUUUUGCUUCUUCCUUGUCGUUACGAGUCUCUAUCUUGGGCGUGAUCACCUUACUUGGCGCUCAGGUUCUUAUAUUCCUGUACAGAAAGAAGAGGUUGAGAACAGUCCCAGCCUAAAAUUAACGACAGUAGUGACGACAACGAGUGCUAAGAUUGAAGAGAGCCCUUCGCAUACGCCAACUCCAGCUCCAACAAUUUCAAACGGUAAUAUAUUAUCGGCUGAGCGUAUAUCACCCUACAUAGCAGCUAUACUGGACCCAUUAUCUACGGCCCUCCCUCGUCUCGAGUGCCCUGCUCUAAAUGUCAAUCGUUACCAGAUCCUCCAAGAGUCUCGACAUGGGGAUGAAGUUGUAGACUCACAAAUUGAUUAUUUCUUUGCUCUCAACUUGCGGGACUGCAUUGGCAUUCUCCCGCGCCUGAUGGGUAGCAUCGUUGAAGCUAUUCGUUUCCUUGGACCCCAUCGUUGUGCGUUAUCUCUCGUUGAGGGAAACUCCCCUGACGGCACAUCCGAUAUUCUCUCCACUCUGAAGCCCUUCUUGGAAGACUUAGGACUGGUCUAUUUCUACAACAGUUCCAAGAUCAACCCAGCACAAGGAAAUGCACGUAUCCAUAAGCUCGCCCAACUACGCAACCUAGCCCUCACUCCCCUUUAUAAAGAGCAAGUCAGUGCCACAGACGAAACAACAGUGCUUUUCAUCAACGAUGUGUCCGCCUGUACAGAAGAUAUUCUCGAGCUCGCUCUUCAGCGACGUAGUCUCAACGCAGACAUGACAUGCGCUAUGGAUUGGACCUACGUAGGACCCGACCCACCCUUUUACGAUAUCUGGAUAGCCCGUACCAUAGCAGGAGACUCCUUUUUCGAGGUCGGCUCCGAUGGAAAUUGGAACUCAGCUUGGAACCUCUUCUGGAACGCCCCGGGAACACGCUCACGCUACGACGCACAACAACCCUUCCAGGUUUUUGCCUGCUGGAACGGGGCUACCGCGUUUACUGCGGCGCCGUUAUUACAUGGUCUUCGGUUUCGAGAUACUCGCAAAGGAGAGUGUUUUCAAGGGGAGCCCCAGUUGUUUUGUAAGGAUAUGUGGUCUCGGGGUUUUCGCAAGAUUGCAGUUGUGCCGAGUGUAAAUCUCGAGUAUUCUGACGAGAAGGCCGCAGAUAUCAAGAAGCUGAAGGGCUAUGUAUCGAAUAUAGUUGGAAGACAGGAGGAAGAUGGUGUACUAAAUUGGGUAUAUGAUCCCCCAAAGCAGGGACGCAAUGGGUACGGUUUUGAAGUUAUUACGCACGGAAAGGUUUUGCAAUGA